CCUCUUGAUAAUGACAGAAAAGCUCCUGCCUCUAACAAUGCUGUCUUACGCGUGCAGCGUGCUGCUCCUCUCCGCGUCCCUCGCCGGUGCCUCCCUGGCCGAGAUGGUGUUCCGCUGCCCCGGCUGCACCGCGGAGCGCCAGGCGCUGUGCCCGAGGCUCACCGAGGCUUGCUCGGAGAUAGUGCGCGAGCCGGGCUGCGGGUGCUGCCCCGUGUGCGCCCGGCAAGAGGGCGAGAUGUGCGGCGUGUACAGCCCGAGGUGCACCACCGGUCUGCGGUGCUACCCGACGCCCGACUCGGAGCUUCCUCUGGAGCAACUGGUGCAGGGCCAGGGGCAAUGCCGGCGCAAAGUGGACACCGAGACGGCCACUUUCAGCCAGGAGCACCGGGAGCAGACCAGCGGCGAGGCCGUGGAGCCGCCGCCCGAACAGGGCGUGAGCGAGGAGGCGCCGGCCGUCCGGAAGCCCAGCAAAGAGGCCGCCUGGCUGGGCCCCAAGGAGAGCGCCGUACGCCAGCACAGGCAGGAGAUGAAGACCAAGAUGAAGACCAACAAGGUGGAGGAGGUGAAACCCGCGCGGCCCAAACAGACUCAGUGUCAGCAGGAGCUCGACCAGAUCCUGGAGAGGAUAUCCAAGAUGCCCUUCAGAGAUAACCGAGGUCCCCUGGAAGACCUGUACGCCAUGCACAUCCCCAACUGUGACAAGAGGGGGCAGUAUAAUCUCAAACAGUGCAAGAUGUCGCUGCACGGUCAGAGGGGCGAGUGCUGGUGCGUGGACCCUCACACGGGCCGACCCAUCCCCUCAGCCCCCACCGUGAGGGGAGACCCCAACUGCAGCCAGUACCUCCGAGACCUGGAGCUGGAGCUCCCCGACAUGGACCAGAUAUAAAAGUGGCGUUAAAAAAACCCUGUAAAGUACUAAAAGAACAUCCGAGUAAUCUAUAUUAUUAUCUCUCUCUGUGUACGUGUCUCUAGAUCACUUGAUUGACAUUUGAAUCCACCUAAAAAGGAUUAAACCGUAGAGCCGGCAGAUUAUUUUGUAGAAGUUAAGAUAAGUCGGUGAAACUUUUUGCUUUACUAAUUGUGACUUUUGCUCAGAUUUUUUUUCGUGUUUUCUGUA